AACAUCUGAGCUCGGAGGACAAGUUUGCAGACUUUGGCUCAGUCUUGGAGACAGACGGAGAAGCGAAGGAAGGAGAAACCUCACACGCAGCGCUUCUUCACCACUCGCCCGGGUACUUUGCGAUCUCUACCUCUUCCCAGACUUUUUUGGCCGCUUUCGGGCUCUCGAACCCUUGCACGGCAGCUGAAUGUACAACAUGAUGGAAACGGAGCUCAAGAGCUCUUUGCCCUCGGCCAACCCUGCCGGUAAGAACAGCGGCGCCACCGACCGCGACCGGGUCAAGCGGCCCAUGAACGCCUUCAUGGUGUGGUCGAGGGGUCAGCGGAGGAAGAUGGCCCAGGAGAACCCCAAGAUGCACAACUCGGAGAUCAGCAAGCGCCUGGGCGCAGACUGGAAGCUGCUGACCGAUGCUGAGAAGAGACCCUUCAUCGACGAGGCCAAGCGCCUGAGAGCCAUGCACAUGAAGGAGUAUCCGGAUUAUAAAUACCGACCCCGCCGGAAGACCAAGACCCUGCUCAAGAAAGACAAGUAUUCACUGCCUGGGGGUCUUUUGGCGCCGGGUGCCAACCCCGUGAACAACGUGGGCUCCGUUGGACAGCGCAUGGACAACUACACCCAGAUGAACGGCUGGUCGAACAGCCCCUACUCCAUCAUGCAGGAGCAGCUGGGCUACUCGCAGCAUCCCAGCAUGAACAGCCCCCAGAUCCAGCAGAUGCACCGGUACGAGAUGGCAGGGCUCCAGUACCCCAUGAUGUCCUCGGCUCAGACCUACAUGAACGCGGGCUCCACGUACAGCAUGUCUCCAGCGUACCCCCAGCAGAGCACCAACGCCAUGGGCUUGGGCACCAUAAGCUCAGCGUGCAAGACGGAGCAGAGCUCCCCUCCGCCUGCCAUCACGUCUCACUCCCAGCGGGCUUGUCUGGGAGACCUGAGGGAUAUGAUCAGCAUGUAUCUCCCACCUGGAGGAGAAGCUGCGGACCCCUCCAGUCUGCAGACCACCCGGUUGCACAGCGUCCACCCGCAUUACCAGAGCGCGGCGACGGGCGUCAACGGAACCCUACCGCUCACCCACAUUUAAAAAGACUUUUGACUUGUGUUUUUUUAUUUUUUAUUUUUUUUCUUUCACCACGAAUACUUGAACAUUUUAACCUCGGACUCUUCGGGGAUUGAACUUUAUUUUUUAAAUGCAAUGUGUGUUUGAGCAACAGAAAAGUCUUGACAAAUCCUUGCUAUGAACUCAUGAGUCCAGAGACCCCUUUAUUGAAAAAGGGGCUUUUAUUUGUGGGCAAAGGCAGCCGACUUGUUGAAAUGGACUUGUUUCAAAGGAAAAAGUGCUCUAAUCCUAUUUUCGUACAAAGGUUCGCGUCGCUUCAUUGAGAAGCUGCUUGGUCUCGGUCAUGUAGGAGGGGAGAAGCUCCAGGACAUGUUUACACUUAUUUUGUAGAAUCAUGUGCAUCCAGUCUGUAUUUCCCGUGUCCAAAUCUGUGUAGUGUUUUUUUUUUUUUCCACAAAAACUAGUUUUUGUGUGUAUCUUAAGUGCAUUUUUUUA